AUGCAGAACCUAAAGCUAGAGAGGGAAACAAUAAAAGGAUCCCUGAAAAAAGUUUUUAGAGAUAUUGAAGAGGUGAAUCCCAGUGACGAGAAGACAAUACAAAGACUCCUGCAACAAGUUAAUGAUAAAGCAGAGCGAGUAUUUCUUCUAGACAACAGCAUAAAAGACAUUCUAUUUGCAGAAGAAACCAGCACGGAAACUAUUAGCAAGGAAUUAAAUGAUGAAGAGAACUUUCGUGACGAGGUAGGAAAAUUUAGAAUAGAAUGUGAAUACUUGAUCAAAAAUUUACAAACUUUGAAAGAUCAAGAAAAUAAAGGUACAAAAAAUGAAAAACCUGUCAAAAAUUUACAUCUGCCAAAACUUGAAAUAAAGAAAUAUGAUGGAAAUGUCAAAAAUUGGAUAAAUUUUUGGGGCCAGUUUAGAAAAAUCGAUGAAGACGCAGACCUUCCAAACGAAGACAAGUUCCAAUACCUGAUCCAAUCAACAGAAGAUGGCACGCCAGCCAGAAGCCUUGUCGAAAGCUUCCCACCUUCCGCUGAAAAUUAUAAAAUAGCCAUUGACCAACUGAAAAAUAGAUUCGCAAGGGACGAAAUUUUAAUUGAGGUAUACGUUAGGGAGUUAUUAAAUUUAAUUCUAAAUCAACAAACCUCAAAGGAGGACCCAGGUAUGGCUUUAUCUACUUUGUAUGAUAGGUUGGAGACUCAGCUUAGGGCUUUGGGAACACUAGGUGUUACUAGCGAUAAGUAUGCAGCGAUGCUUUUGCCACUUGUUGAAUCCGCGCUACCUUAUGAGUUGCUUAAAAUUUGGGAAAGAAAUAGGGCUUCUAAUAAUUUAAAAUUUAAUAAUGAGUUGCAGGUUCUACUAGAGUUCCUGAAAACAGAAGUGGAGGCCGAAGAGCGUGUAAAACUUGCUCAGUCUAGUUUCACAGUUCCAAAAAGUAUUGACGAUAAGUAUACUGUAGAAACCUUACAUACAGAGAGUUUAAAAACCAAGGGUAAGCAAAAGUUUUCUUGUAUUUUUUGCGAAAGCAAUACACAUGCCAGUCAGGACUGCAUUAAAGCUCAGAAAAUGACUUUAGAGCAGAAAAAAUCCAUUAUAAGUAAAAAACGGAGUUGUUUUUCAUGUUUAAAGCAGUUUCACAAUUUUCGGACAUGCAAAACAACUGUCAAAUGUAUAACAUGCGCUCGCAAGCAUUUUACAUUAAUGUGUCCUGAUUUGCAUGAAAAAGAAAACAAAAAUAGAGAUUUGCAAAAAUCAGAAUCUUUAGAAAAUACAUUAACAACUGUCGCUUCUGAAACUUUACUGCAAACGAUCAAUGUUAGGGUUAUUUCUGAUAAUAAAAGGUCAAUGACAGUAAGGGCACUGCUAGAUUCGGGUUCGCAACGUUCCUAUAUAACUACAAAAUGCGUGGAAGAUUUAGGGUUAACUAAAAUUGGACAAGAAAAUAUAGUUCAAGGUGUUUUUGGUGGGUUGCAGGGAGCUCCAAAGAUUCAUCGUUUGUUUAAGGCAGGUAUAGAAAAUUUAGAAAAUUAA